UGGGUGGUUCAUCUUCCACUGGUGUUUACAUCUAGGCACAGAGAACUUUGUUGAUUGUCAACAUGUCUGCCUCCAUAGUGAGAGCUACUGUAAAGGCGGUUAGCAGGAGAAAGAUUUUAUCACCAAGAGCUGCUUUGACCCUGACGCCUUCGGCUGUGAACAAAAUCAAGCUCCUGUUAGACAAUAAACCAGAAUAUAUUGGGCUGAAAGUUGGUGUCCGGACCAGAGGAUGCAACGGCCUCACGUACACACUCGACUACACCAAGGAGAAGGACAAUUCAGAUGAGGAGGUGUUACAGGACGGUGUGAGAAUUUUCAUUGAGAAGAAGGCCCAGCUGACUUUGUUGGGCACUGAGAUGGAUUUUGUCGAGACUAAACUCUCCAGCGAGUUUGUGUUUAACAACCCCAACAUCAAGGGAACAUGUGGCUGUGGGGAGAGCUUCAAUAUUUAAACAACUUCCAGUCAUGUAUACUUUCCAGUGUACAUCACACUCCCAUUCCCCAGUCAGAGACAGAACCACUAUUUGGAUAAAGACUCUGACACGAGAGAGAAGUGGAUGCUUUGGAGAUCAGCUCCUUGUGCUGCACCUAACUGAACAUGAUCAUCACCACUGUUUAGUGACAAGAAUUUAACUUGGUUUGUGGUUUCUUAUAUUUAGAAUAUAAUGUAAAAGAUAAAUGAUGUACAAUAUGGGUCAGUAUUUAUUUUACAGAAAAUUAAGAAUGCAUCCCCUCAUUCACUUUGUCUUUUUUCUUGAUGCAGAUUUGCCUGUUUAUAUGCCAGUACAUUCAUAUGUACACAAAUUUAUGUGCGUGAGAGAGUGCUUGAGUGUUUGCAUGCACGUAAAAGUGUAUGUGCGUGAGAGUGUAUGUGAAUAUGCUUGUGAGAGAGAACGUGUGAGUUGUUGAGAAAGAGAUGGAAGGCUUCCACUAAACAUAUGCCAUGCAUAAUUCUGUGUGUGUGUGUGUGUGUGUGUGUGUGUGUGUGUGUGUGUGUGUGUGUGUGUGUGUGUGUGUGUGUGUGUGUGUGUGUGUGUGUGUGUGUGUGUGUGUGUGUGUGUGUGUGUGUGUGUGUGUUUCUUUAAAAUUGCUUAGAGAUGCAGCAUAGCAUGAGAAACCUCUCUGCACCGAGAGAUAAUGGUGUAUAUUUAUGAGAACCAGACAUGUGAGAAAUCAGUCAUUAUGAAGUGUAAGACUCAGAUUUUAGAAAAGUGUCCUUGAUGCUCAUCAGUCUAUAAAGUCUGUAUGUGAGAGAGAAAAAGUACACACAAAAAAACUGUCUUUUAACGCACAAUAAAGCUGAUAUACAUAAAAAUGCA